CCACGCCCACCCACCUUCAGGGGCUUUUAGGCAUCAUUUAGGUCUCAGUCAUGAAAUAUCCUCUUUGUUCUGACAGGCGUGGAUAAAUCUGAGAAAGUGAAAAUGUAGUCAACGCACGCCGUUUAGCACUAAAUGUGGAGUUUGCGAUCAGACAUUUGCCAAUCAUCUCUUCCUUGUGGGGGGAGUUUUAUUUUUGUGAGCUCCAAACCGGAAGUGCUUUUUCUGCCCAACUUGACAUGUUCCACAGUGGCUGCCCCCAGUGACGGGCACAUGCGCCGGGGUGGAGAUCCGGGAGCCGAGCACCUGAGCUGGAGAGGCCGACGGCAGCACGCAACUCUCGGCUCUCUGGUGGAGGUUUGUGGAGUCAGGACGGGAGGAGGGGAGCAGGCUGUAGCCGACAUCCAAGAUGGCGCUAGUCCGGGAUCCAGCGGCGGGCCAGGAGCAGAGGGACGCAGCCGACCAGAACUUUGACUACAUGUUCAAGGUGCUGAUCAUCGGCAACAGCAGCGUGGGGAAGACCUCCUUCCUGUUUCGCUACGCCGACGACUCCUUCACAUCUGCGUUUGUGAGCACCGUGGGCAUCGACUUUAAAGUCAAGACCAUCUACAGGAAUGACAAGAGGGUCAAGCUCCAGAUCUGGGACACGGCGGGGCAGGAGCGCUACAGGACCAUCACCACAGCGUACUACAGAGGAGCCAUGGGAUUCCUGCUCAUGUAUGACAUCACCAGCCAGGAGUCCUUCUGUGCUGUUCAGGACUGGGCAACCCAGAUCAAGACCUACUCCUGGGACAGCGCGCAGGUUGUGAUGGUGGGCAACAAGCUGGACCUGGAAGACGACAGGCAAGUCCCAAAGGAGGACGCCCAGAGACUGGCUACAGAGCUCGGUUUCCACUUCUUCGAGGCCAGCGCUAAAGACAACGUCAACGUGAAGCAGGUCUUCGACAAGCUGGUGGACCUUAUCUGCAAGAAGAUGAACGAGUGUGUCAACGGCGAUGCCGGCCAGCCAGUCAGUCAGAGGGCGGACGGCUUGAAGGACGAGCCUGCGACCAGUCAGGGAGGCUGUGCUUGCUGAUGGCCGAUGGGAGCUAAUGGCAGCGCUCCUCGCAACAAGCUGAAUUUCACACACCUAAACAGAUAAACUUAAUUGGAUUUUUUCCCUCCUCGGCCCCGAGGCGGUUCAAGAGCUCGCCCAUAAUUUCCUUCAGACUGUUAGCCAGUAAUGCCAAAGAGCUCCCCCUCUGCCUUUUGUUCCCAUCAUCCCCCGCUCUAACAGCCUCCUGCAUGUGAACAGAACCUGUUGCAGUCGAGGACGUGAGCCAGCUCGGCGCGGCCGAAGGACCCUACGUUAGAUUGACUAGUGUCGCGCUGCCCUCCUGUGGCCGCUGUCGGGAAAUGCAGAAGUGAGCAUGUAAAUUCAGACAUUCCUGAAUGUUGAGGUCAUACUCGCCUGUGGAUGAUGUCAGAACAGGUGGGCAUGACUUGUAAAGAGCCUGUACUUUGUCGCUUUGAAAUGAAAUCAUCACCUGCCUUUAUCUAACUUAUUUUUCUGUCAUGUGUGUUUAAUGAUUGUCAUUGUGCUGUUUCAUUUGUCGGGUUUAUAGCCUCUUAAAAGUUGAAAUUAAAAGAUCCACAUCUGUGCA